GCUCUGCACAACUCGAACUCGACUCAACCACAAACGACAUACAAUAUAGCAGGCAGCAUGGUCCUCCUUACGAUGACCACCGAGGCUGUCUCAGCCCUCGAAGCACUACAAAAAAUAGUACCAGACGAGCUCCAAAAGCUCCGACUACCCUCCGAGCCCUCUCUCAAUACACCAGCACCAGGCAACCCAAUAUCCCACAGCCAACUCGUCGACCUCUCCAAGCUCCUCAAAACCCACAACCCCUCAAACACGCCCACAAGCCACCUCAACAGCCUCCUCCGCGGCUCAAAAGUCUACAUCCCACCCCCACCACCAAAGAAAGAACCCACCUCCGAAUACAAAGCCCUCAUGGCCCGCCUCCGCGCCGCCGAAGAAUACCGCCUCUACGCCCAAAUGACCAACCCCGUCCUCCCUGCCACCGCCGCCCCCCUCUCCCACUUCUCCACCCCCGCCGACCUCGCCGCCGCCGCGGCCGACGAUGUGGACGAGGUCACGUAUGCGGACGUGCACCGGCAGAUGAUCCUGAUCAUCAACGUGCUGGUGUCGAUUAUCGCGACGAGCGUGUUCAUCUGGGUGGCGGCGCGGCAUUGGAGCGCGCCGAAGCGGCUGGGGCUGAGCAUGGGCGGGAGCGGGCUGGUGGCGGUGGCGGAGGUGGUGAUUUAUGCGGGGUAUGUGGGGAGGAUUACGGAGGCGAAGAAGGUGGAGCGGGGGAGGAGGGAGGUCAAGGAGGUGGUGGAGACGUGGGUGAUUGAGAAGGGGAGGGGGGGAAAGAGGGAGGGUUUGGUGGAUGUUACGUCUGGGAAGAGUGGUGCUAGAGUGGAAGAUGGGGUUAGGCAGAGGAGAAUAUAACAAGAUGUUCCUGGUGUCCUAAAGUUUGCAAUGUGGGAUAGAGGUGUGCUUGUGUGAUUGUAUGAUGGGAUGGCGCAGUCAAAAAGAAGAGUAGGCUGAGAAGACAGGCAAAGAACAAAUUAUCAUGGAGUUUGACGUACGACUGGGAACUACGACACGAUUGUUGACUUGGGCCUCGAUCACGUGCCUUCGAGGAACGGAGCAGAUUCGAGGGUCAUGGUAAGCAGUGUGCAAACAGCUUUGAAUUUGCUGAGAGUGUUGCAGUGU